AUGGAGCGACCUCCAGCAUAUGCGCCAGUCUGCAGCGAUGAACAGGAAGAAAUCCUAGCAGAGCUAGAAGAGAAGGAUGGCGUUUCCUGGAACUCUAAGAGUACUGAGAUCAUCCCGACCAACACGCGCAGCUUCGUGGCGUACAUGUCCAUCCUGCUGCUUUCUCUUUCAGCAAACAUUCUCCUGGUGAUGGAUAAUGCAAGGCUUCGAAUUGCGCACAGUCCAGCUAAGAGCAACUACAGUGGAUUAGCCUACGAUACUACUGUGCCAUAUCACGCGACGACAAAGUACUGGCAUCCGAACGCCAGUGAUAGUGAUAUGGAAGGGGCAUGGGACGCUAUUGACACCAAUGCCAUGGCAGUCACGCUUGACGAUAGAUUCGCAAAACGUGUCGGUCUAUCCAACUCCACUCGGUUUCCAUGGGAUACCGAGAGAAGCAUCUACUACGUCAAAGGAAUCCACGAUCUGCAUUGUCUUAAACUCAUCCGGAAAGCCAUUGUGUCAAAGCAUAACGACAACCCACAGCCCUUCAAUCUUCUUCACAUCUACCACUGCCUUGACGGACUCCGGCAGGACAUCAUGUGUAAUGCGGACGACACACCGAUACCAGCCCCUGUUACACAUCAAUCGGGCGAAGAAUCAGCAAAGCUCACCAAGCACAUCAAUUAUCAACUACCUGCCAUGCACGCUACUAUCGCUCUGCUUCCGCUGCUUGCCUUCGCGAUGGGCAUCGCUGCAGCUCCAGCACCCCUGCAUCCCGUUGCCCGGGCCGUACCAGACAUCAACGAAGUCGCCCGAAACCCGGCUCCCAUCGAUCAUCAUGUCGGUUGGGACGACCAUGGCAAACCGACACUUGGAGAUAUCAGCCACCUAAGCCCAGAGGACAUCAAGAAGCUCAAAGACCUCAUCAAGCAUCUACUUGGUGGCAAGUGA